AUGUUGAAACAAAUUGCCCUACUUUGCACAUUCCUGGCCAUUGUUCAGUGCUCUGCCUUGACAUUUGUAUUGAGAGCUGAAGAAAAAUCUUGUUUCUACGUAUUCACUGAAAAGCCAAAAACAAACGUUGGUUACUAUUUUGCCGUUCAAUCUGGUGGUUCAUUUGAUAUAGACUAUACUAUUAAAGGUCCAGAAGGUAAAUUGAUUGCUAACGAGGAAAAACAGAGACAAGGUGACUGGGUAUUCAAUGCAGAGGUUCCAGGUGAAUAUGAGUUCUGCUUCUCUAAUGGUAUGUCAACAUUUGCUGAAAAAGUUGUUGAUUUUGAAAUCAAUCUAGAGAAUGACUUCAAAGCUUCAUUGCCAAAAUCUGAAUCACAGCCUGUUGCCGUGGAAGGUAUAGUGAAAUCAGUGGAAACAAUUGAUGGUAAAUUGAAUGGUUUACUAAAGACAUUACAAUACUACAAAACAAGAAAUAACAGAAAUCAAUCAACUGUCAAAUCUACCGAGUCCAGAAUCUUUUAUUUUUCAAUUUAUGAAGUGGGUCUAAUAGUUGGUAUGGCUAUUUUACAAGUUACCGUUGUGCAAUUGUUUUUUAAGGGCUCAAGAAAGCAAUUAGUUUAA